AUGGAGAUAGAACUUGUCAUCAGCUUCCUACUGAGCAAAAAACGUCAUCGUGAUGAGAAACCUGAUGUCCUGCCAAUUGUUGGUCCUGGCAGAGUUGGAAAGAGCACUCUUGUUGCUCAUGUUUGCAGGGACGAGCGAAUUCGUGACUGUUUUUCGGAGGUUGUGUUCUUGACCGACCAUGAUUUCAGAGAUGAAACAACGCGGUUCACAUCAAAUGGUACUAAGAUCAUCAUCACAAGCCGGUCUGACAAGAUCACAGAACUAGGAACAACAGGGGUUGUUACUCAGGCAUAUCUGUCAAUUGAAGCAUAUUGGUAUUUCUUCAGGACACAUUUGGAAGCACAGAUCCCGAGGAGCACCCAAGGGAUGCUGCUGCUUUCUAUGGUUCUUGGGAAGGCGAUCGGUAGAUCCAUAGAUUUCUUAAUCAGCAAAUGCUCCCAGUCGUCGUCUCAUCAGGAACAAGAUGUAGAGGGUAUCCUCUGCAGCGUCCUGCUCCGAGCACAGCUUAUAAUCCAGGAGGCCAUGGAGCGGCAGGUCACAAACCAAGCCAUGCUCCGGCAGCUGGACAUGUUGAGAGGUGCCAUGCACCGAGGCUCUUACAUGCUCGACGCUUUCAGGUACCAACGACUGCACGACAAGGAGUAUGCUGAAGCUGAAGGUCAGUUCAUCAUGAGCCAAUCUCUGUCUCUCUGCAAAGUAAAUUCCUCGAAACGUUUCUGCCCCGCCGAUAGGCAGAAAACUCAGGAUUCUGAACAACAACUGCAAGAGGUGCUAGAGAGCUUGAGCUCCAUGAUCCUCGAUGCCAAUGAAAUGGUGAUAUUCUUGAGGAGCUAUCCUCGCAUGUACCGCCAGCCUUACAGCAUGCAUCUCCUGUUAGCCAACUGCAUGUUCGACCGCGAGAUGGAGACUCAGCUUGUCAUCAACUUCCUGCUACGCACAAACCCUCAUCGUGCUGAGGAACUGGAGGUCCUGCCGAUUGUUGGUCCUGGCAGGGUCGGAAAGAGAACCCUUGUCGCUCAUGUCUGCAAUGAUGAGAGAAUCCGUGAUCAUUUUUCAGGAAUCGUCUUCUUGACAGACAAUGAUUUGAUAGAUGAAAUGCUAUCUGUUCUUACACAAGGAUGUGCAUCAAUGGAACAGCAGCACAAUGACAACACCAGAAAAGAUGGGAGGUUGCUAGUUAUUCUGAAAGCAGAUGGGGAUGUCACUGAAGAUGCUUGGAACAGGUUGUGCUCUGCUUUAAGGCGGUGCACUACAAAUGGUACCACCAAAAUCAUCAUCACAAGCCGGUCUGACGGAGUCAGGAAACUCGGAACAACAGGGUUUGUUUCCCUAAAAUAUCCCUCAAGUGAAGCAUAUUGGUAUUUCUUCAAGACGCUCGCAUUCGGAAGCACCGACCCCGAACAGCACCCUAGGCUUGCAUCUGUGGCCAUGGAGAUUGCCAGGAUGAUAAAUAAUACAACUCUAGUUGGUGCAAACAUCAUCACUAGCUUGUUAAGAGACAACUUCGACAUCAACUUUUGGUGCAAGGUUCUGGCCUUCGUAAGGAGGCUCAUCCAGAACCAUAUAGCCAAAUUUGGUGAGCAUCCAUGUGAUCUUCUGAACCAAAACAGGCCUACAUGUCUUGGGGGGAGGAUGAUGGGUAGAGCUUCUGAAGAUUUAAUGGUCUAUGAUGUGUAUCAGUGCUCUUCGAAAGAGGCAGUUCCAAACAUCACAAUACAUGAUGUGUUGUAUGGAAGCCUUAAGCCACCUGGAAAAUUUGAGGUCCUAGCAUGGCGGUCGAGGAUACUGCCCUACUAUAACUACAUCUAUACUUGUCAGAUUGAAGAUAAAAAAGCUAAAGCUGUUAAGAGGAAGCGUUCUCAAAGCAAUGGAUAG